AAACAGCAAAUAAGGUAGAACAAUGCGUCACCAACAACUUUGAGAUAUAUGAUUGUGUAAUAUCAACCCACUUUAUACACAUUCAUUAGUACUUCUGGAGCCCUUAAGGCUGCAGUUUCUUUUGCUGUAUGCAGUUAGGUUCAGAAAAGGUCACGCCCUGCAGGAAUAACAAAUGCCGCAACCCUUUUGAUCCUUUUAUUGCAAAGAAAGGAGCAUUUCCAUGUUUUCAAGCAAAUGUGUACUGCAACUGUCCUUGAAUUUUUAUUUCACCAAAUUAUCUAGCUGGCUGGUAUCAUUCUCUGCUGUAAAGUACAAUUGCUUUGGAAGAGGGUUUCACUGUGUGACCACAAAAAUGUGAAGAAUAUGAAAUGUUUUCUUACUGCCUAGUUUCUCUUACUGAAGACUGCCAGCGGUAAUGUUACUACGAUGCAAUUAGGAAUCGAGGGGAACCUUAAUAUCUUUUUGACAAUACUUGAGUGUGUAAGAUAUAUGGUUGAGUCGGUGCUGAUUACUUCUGUGAUAGACCAAGCCUAUUUGCCAAACUCAAGAGCACAGGUUGGCAGCAGAAUGAAGAAUUCCAAUGAUGAACCAGUAGAGUACAGUCCUAGUUGUGCUGUGUUUCGAUCUGCAGCUGCUACGGGAAAGAAGUUGCUUCUGACCAGGAAGCAACCUUUCGUUGGACGGUGCUGCCAUGUGUGCUCUCCAAUAAGCAGGGAUAAACUUUUCAAUACCAGCAUCCCUUCUCAGGGACUACGGAAUGUAAUUUAUAUUAAUGAAACGCACACCAGAUAUCGAGGCUGGCUGGCACGGCGUCUCUGCUAUGUCUUGUUUAUUCAGGAACGAGAUGUGCAUCAUGAUAUGUUUUCAAGGAAUGUGAUUGAGAAUGUUUUGAACAACAACAGAGUGCAAAAAGCUAUUAUGGAGACGGUAGCUGAAAGAAUGCCUGUGGAAACUCUUGCCCAGCCAGACCCCAAAGCUGUGAGUAAAGUAAAGAGAAAAGCUCGAGGAAUCCUUCAGCAGAUGGUGGCCAACAUCUCACCUGUUGUGAUCAGAUUGACAGGUUGGGUGUUGUUAAAACUGUUCAAUGGCUUUUUUUGGAGCAUUCAGAUACACAAAGGGCAGCUGGAAAUGGUUAAAAAAGCUGCAGCAGAGCAGAAUGUUCCAUUGGUGUUUCUGCCAGUUCACAAAUCGCACAUUGACUGUUUGCUGCUCACGUUCAUUCUAUUCUGUCAUAAUAUCAAAGCACCACACAUUGCUGCGGGGAAUAAUCUGAAUAUCCCCAUUUUUAGCACUCUCAUAAGAAAACUAGGUGGCUUCUUCAUCCGUCGAAAGUUGGAUAUUGGUGCAGAUGGACGAAAGGAUAUCCUGUAUAGAGCCAUUCUACGUGUGUACAUUGGGGAACUUCUCCGUCAGAGGCAAUUUAUGGAAAUAUUUGUGGAAGGCACACGGUCUCGGAGUGGUAAACCAUACAUGGCCAUGACAGGCCUUCUUUCUAUUGUGGUCGAUAGCCUUUAUGAAAAUACUGUUACCGAUGUUAUGAUUAUUCCAGUUGGAAUCUCAUAUGACCGGAUCAUCGAAGGCAAUUAUAACAGUGAACAGCUGGGAAAACCUAAAAAGAAAGAGAGUCUUUGGGGUGUUGCACAAGGAGUCUUCAGAAUGCUUCGUAAAAACUUUGGCUGUGUCCGAGUAGACUUUGGACAACCUUUUUCUGUUAAGGAGUAUAUUGAUGCUCAGAGGAACCGUCCAUUGCCUGCUGAACUCUCUCUUGAGGAAAUCCUCCUUCCAAAUAUUAUCUCUGAUAGACCAGCCCUUGAUUAUGCUGAUCCUGAUCACGUUCCAAAUAUCAGUUUUUCAGAUGAACAGUACAAGCGUCAACUGAUUUCCAAUGUAGCUAGGCAUGCAUUAUUCACUGCCAGUAGAUGUUCUGCUGUGAUGUCCACUCACAUUGUUGCAUGUUUGCUGCUUUACAGGCACAGAAAGGGUGUCCACUUAUCAAAGUUGGUGGAAGAUUUCUUCUGUAUGAAGGAGGUGGUGUUAGCUCGGGAUUUUGAUUUGGGCUUCUCUGGAAAUUCUGAAGACCUGGUUAUGCAUGCAUUGCAUUUACUUGGAGAGUGUGUCAAUGUCAGAAGCUCCCGUCGCAACAGUGAGUUUUUUAUUGCUCCAACCACAACAAUUCCAGCCUUGUUUGAGCUGAAUUUCUACAGCAAUGGUAUCUUCCAAGUUUUUCUCACUGAAGCAAUACUUGCCUGUUCUCUCUCUGCUAUUCUGAAGGAGAAGAUUAUAGAACCAGGCCAAAUGGAGUUAACAGUCAGCCAAGAAAGACUUAUUCGCACAGCUGCUAGUCUGUCCCACCUCCUUUCCAAUGAAGUCACAGUGGCAUUGCCCUGCCAGACAUACUACCAUGUUUUCCAUGAUACUGUCAGAAAGUUUAUUCAGUAUGGCAUCCUGAUGGUGGCAGAGGAGGAUCUGAGCCCCAGUCUAACAGAGGAAACAUGGGCUAAUAAAUAUCCAGAUGGUUUAUCAUGGAGAAGCGAUGAAGAAGAUGACAGUGAUUAUGGGGAAGAACGGAGAGAUCGUUAUCUAAAGGUGAGUCACUCUCAGGAUCAUCAGGAGUUCAUCACCUUCCUACAGACACUGUUGGGCCCUUUGUUGGAGGCUUAUUUUGCAGCUGCUGUUUUUAUUCAAAACUUUAAAGCUCCAGUUGAAGAAGCUGAAUACAUUAGCAACUUUCACAAGUAUCUGUUAUCCAGAACAGAAAUGAAGGUUGCAGUAUUUGGUGAGAGUGCCACCUUCUGCCUUGCAAAAAGUGCAGUGAAGACUCUUAAAGAUCUCGGGGUUUUCAAAGUUCAGAAGAAUGGGUGCUCCACCUUGGAAUUGAGCAACACCUUUCUACCUCUCAUCAAUCAACAGAAACUGCUGGAAUACAUCCUUAAAUUUACUACAGAAUAGAAAGUGCUGGGCAAAGUGGUGCAAAUGGUGAUUUAUUAAUUUGGACUGAUUAACCCAUUUGAAUUGCAAAUUGACAUUUAAAAACAGAAUUGAAUAUUUCACUUGCUGCAUUUUCUAAUUUGAUUUUUUUUUCACUUUUACUGAAAAGCACAUGGCUGGAUGUCUUUCUUACCCAUACAAUCAGAGCUAACAUAGCAUUCCCCUUGGUGUCACCUAUCUGUGUCUUUUGAUGCGGGUAUAUGAAAGUAUAUUUCCCUAUGAGGUGAUUGCCAUCAUUGCUGCUGAUCUGUUGGAUACACUGAUAUUUUAUGGCAGCCCAAGAAACUGCAUAUGUUUGUUUGACCUCUAUUGCUUAUGUAAUUUAUGCUUGUUUACACUAUUUCUGAUAAAUUGAGUCAUAGGCCAUAGGAUGUAGUGUCAAAUUCAGCAAUAAUGAAUGAGGUAUCAAGUCAUCAAGGUUCUUAGGACACUGAGGAGCAUGUUGCCAUGUGAGAGAGCCAUUUGCUAAAACAUUUUGCUGUGCUAAAACCUAAGUGAUCUAACACUGUGAAUUCUAUUAAGAUUAGGCUGUGGGCUUUCCUUGCAAAUAAUGGUUUUGAUCAGCAUCUACCAUUUUCCAGACUUCAACCAUUCUCCAGACUUCAUAUCAAUACCUUUAAUACAAUACAAUUGUUUUAUAUUUGGGAGUGACUCUGAGUGCUGGUUAUGGACUUAAUAAGAAAUCUUUACCCAAACUUUAGCACCAACCACAUUCUGGUGGAAGAUCGCCUAUCUUGAAAGAUGACAGUUUUUAGAAUAAUUUAUAAAUUCCAUGACACAAUGUCUGCUACCCAAUGCACUUACAAAAGAUAUGUUACAUUAAGGUCAUCUUUUAGAUUCUUGUAUAGGGCCCUGACUCCUCCAGGUAGCUGAUGGUUAUAUUAAAAAGUUAUCUUAUUAAAGAUAUUUCUUUCCAUCUUCCAUUUGGCAACCCAUUCCCAUGCAUGGUUCCAAAAUAGGGGACAGCAUCUGACUUGGCCCCUGCUUUUUGCCAUGCUGCAUGAAACAGCUAUACCAAGAAAUAUGUGACAAAUUUGUGAGUUCAUGUGACCUCAGCUGCAUACUAUAAAUGAAUAAGAUUGAAAUAUGCUUCUCCUUACCACUCCCAUUCCCCAGCUCAUGCAUGUUUUGUCUGUUUCUUUUAUUCCCCUUUCUUAUCCCUGUCUUUCUCAUCUCUUCUCUUCUUCUCCCCCGUCCCCUCUCCCCCCAACAUCACCAUUUUCCUGACUCUUCAGUCUGGCCAAAUUGACAUUGGGUACUUGCUGUUUGAGGUGUAAUAAUUACCAAUCUAUGUUCAAAAACACUGUCCUGUAAAAAGGACUAAUUAUAUUAACAGUUAUUUGAUCUGUACUUUGUGUGUGCUGUAUCUCAAAUUACAGAUUGCUUUAGGCUUGUUGAAAAACACAUACUUUGAUUAAAUCCAAAGUACUUAGUGACCAAGACAAAAGCCAUAUAAACUUCAAAAAGGCCAAAUGUUUACAUUAAUUGUACCUUGGCAAUAAGGUAGUCAUUCCAAUAGUUGUGUCUAUUUUGGGGCAAGCAAUAUGCUAUAAGAAUACUGUGCAUGGCUACUAAUCUAUAGACUAUUAAGUUCAAAUCCCAGCCUUGACAAAAUUAUCACUAACCAAUUGUUGCAUUGCCCUUCUCCCAACAUUCAGAUUGCCCAUUGUAUGAUAACCAUAUACGUGGUGAUAUGUAGGGGGAGAUAAAAUAGUUUUUAAACCAUCCUAAGUUUUUCAAUAUGCAUUUGUUCCUACCUAAUUAAAGAUCAACCCUGGCUAUGUGUGAAGUCUGCAACAGAAUUACAACCAACAGUUUUUAAAGUAUGGUACCAGGGAAUGGAACCAUAUGAACUUUUCAUGAUCUUAUUAAAGCAAACACUACAAUAUAGAGUCCAACUCAUUCCUUUGAUGGUGCACAUCAACCUUAAAUUUAUAGUAUAUGCCAGUACUGUGUGGGCAUAAAAUUCUUACAAUCUGCAAUAUUUUGUCUUUUCCCUCUUAAAGAAGAGACUUUCUAACCUGAAGUUUUAGGCUUGCAAUACCAUCAGUAAGAGAAGUUGAUUUAUGUAAGCUACACUUCCAGCUUGAAACAGUGUAGUGAACGAAUUGCAACUGGAAUAAUGGUGGACCACCUCCUCACAGAUAUUUAAUGAGAAAGCAUUUCAAUAUCAUUUAUGAAGGCUGGGAUUAGGAAACCACUUUGUUGCUGUGAUAUGUGUAAAUACUGUGAUCCAUUAACACUUUGUACAGUUUAUUUUAUUGUGUAUCUAUUUAUUGAAGGUCUCAGCUAUUCCCUUUUCAUUGAGUUAACAUGAACUCAUGCUGAUUUGAAUCUUGGGAGAAAAGAAGUUAGGCCUUAAUGGUUAAAUUUCCACAACAUAUAACUGAAUAAGUUAAAUCACUGUUGUGGAAAACAUUACCUUUGUGUUAGACCAAAGAUUUUCCACAACCUAGUUGCACUGUAUUUUAGCUUGUAUUUGUUCAUUUUUGUGAAUGUCCAUUUCUAAUAUAUGCAAUAUGUUAUGUAUGUAAAAAGAUGAUACAAAGUGCUGCAUUAUUUGAUGUUUCGAUUUUAUGAGUGAAUGACUGCAGAACUGGCAAGUUGAAUUUCUGCCUUGUGUUUGGGUGGGGGUGGAAUUGUACCGAAUGCAUGGUGUAGGAUGGGGUUCAAAGAAGAAAUGCAUAUGCUGUAAAUACAAAAAUAAAAGCAGAAACGUUAACUGUCUUUUCUCUUUCAGAUGCUGACUGGCCUGCUGGCAUAUUCCCAGCAGUUUCUAAUUUUCGUUCAAGUGUAUAGUUUGUUUAUACCCAAGAGACCUUUUAUUUUAACUUGUUUUAGCUGUUUAAAAUCAGUUUCAUGUUACAGUAUCAGGGUAAGAAAAGACUGAAAGAUUUAGUUCUAGAAGUAGGAUAUUGAUGUACAGACAGCUUAGAAAUAUUGGGUUGUAUAAGUUGAACUUUUAUGUUGGUGAGAACAAAAUUCUCACAUUCUGAAAAUAAAUUGAAAAAUAUUUUAAAGGUAAUGAGGUGAAUGUGCAGCAGAUUUUAACUUACUGAAAAGCAAUAGCUGGAAACAGUUGCACUGAUCAGUUAAGCUCAGGACUGUGACAUAACCUAGAUUACUAGAAGCCUUAAUUAUUUGGUGCUUCCAAAAUUAAGAAAGAUCUUAGACCAUUAUUAAAGCCAUAUAGGAAACAAAUGUGUCACGGAUAAAAACACAAUAUUACAGCAGUUCACUGUCAUUUUACGGUAUUUACUUUGUUGUCUGCCAUUUGCUAUAUUCUGUUUCUUGAAAUCAAAAUUGAUGCAAAAUUCAAGAUAAUUGAGAUGUUUUGGCAAAGACCAACUGUGUGGAGAAGACCCUCUCACCAUUUCAAAUUAUUUUCAACAUGGCAAUUGUCACAUUCAGCAAACCAAUGGAAUAUUUAAGUCUAAAUAUCAGUAAAGCCAUGAAAUUAAAAUAAUUCACCUUUCAUCAACCAGAUUUCUACCUUAUCCUCCUGAAAGCUACAAUGGAUGAAUUGGUUGGAAUACAUGAAUUCCAUUAACCUUCCAGUAGCCUCCUGAAAGUGACAUCUCUUCAUAAUUGGGCCUGGCCUUUGCGGUCUGUGUGUCAACAUACAGGUUUUUUGCAACCGUGACCAAUCCUGUCCUUGCUCGACAACAGCAACUACAUUCAUCCAAGCAGAGAGAUUUCACACUGGGGCAAGGAAUCAGGAUUGAGAUCAAGAGCAGCAAUCCCAGCCAAUUUAUCCCCCAACCAUAGCCACAAAACACUGAAGCUGAGAACAGCUGACUCAGCAUACUCUAGAAAGUUAAACCUGUGACUGGAUCUUUGUAAUCUGGAACUAUUGUUAUGGCACAUUGCAUAUUUAAUGAACCACAUGGGAUUUCCAUUGAAUGCAUGUUAGAGGUAGUUGAAUGUUUGUCCUUUUUAUGUAUCGCUAAGAUUCCAAUUUUGACUAACUACAUUAAACAAAUAUUGCUAAGUUUUCAGUAAUAUCGUGAAGUGAAGGAAAGCAAGUAAAAGUAUAAAACAGAAAAAGGUCUAACUCAAUGUUGAGGCUUAGUUGUAUGUAAGUGAUCUUGUCAAUGUAUAUACCAGUGGAUGAUUUUGACCUUGAAACCGUGAAGGAUUUAUUCUUCCAUUCAUGUAUCACACAAUGUCACUUUUUACCCUAUAAGGUCAAUCUGACAGACUGCUGCAGUCACUCACUUGUUUAGUUCCAACUUGGUAAUGGAAAAGGUUAAUUGAGGAGGUUAACUGCUUUCUUUAGUUUACAAACUGAUGAUUGAGUGGCAUUGUUUAAAAUGUUGCAAAAUUUUAUUUUAAUUUAGUCCAAUGUUGCCAAUUUAGCAGGGGAUGAAAAUUUGAAUGUUAAGAUCAAACGUAAAGAUUGAGGUUGCAGUGUUCUUGGACAAAGAGGACUUGGAUUCAACCUAUCUUGCUACAAGUGCUGGCAACUGCAGUGUUCAUUCAGUUUUGUCUAAGCUAUUGCAUGGAAUUGCGUUUUGACUAUCAACUAAUGUCUGCCAAGGAGAAUGAACCUUUUUGGUUAUUCUAUUUAUUGUUAUAUAAGCACAGUUAUUUUUACCCAUUCGAGAUAGGUAUUUAAUGUGCCAUUAAAAUACUUCAGAUCAGUGCGAUAUUUUGAAGAUUAUUGACCACUAAAGCUCAGAUGUACAAAAAGAAGCUGCUUGUUAGGAAUCUCAACAUUUGGGAAUGUGACCCAAACACUAGUUAUUGCUCAGGACACAAUCAUUACUGCAGAAGCAAAAAAAAAAUGGCAGUGACUUUAUUUAUGUACAGUUUGGGCUGUUUUGUCUCUCCGUAGCGUUCUUGAUAGAGAGGGAAAAAGUGGAGAACGAGAAAAUGUGCAAGUGCUGAAACCAUUUGAUUGUUGUGACCUUGAUGUUUGAAAUGCAAAUUCAAGGAGACAAUCCUUAAAAAGCACAUAUCUUGUUUGAGGGAAACUGUUUCAUCACCUCUGUAAAAUAAAAGUUUAUAAAAAUGGUUUUGUGCUGCUUUCUUCAAUGUUCUGACCUAGCAGAUACUUGUCAGUAGCUUGUAAACUCAAUAUGUACCCUAAGUUUCUUGCACCACUGUUUUUGAUAAAUCUGUCCAAAAACAUAUGGCAACAACUGUUCUCUUCAGGAUCAAUGCACAAGAGAAAAGCUAAUUUAUUUAAUUUUGCAUUAACGCCUGCUUCUGUUUUUCCUGGACUUCCAUGUGAAACAAAAAUAAAAUGGGGAAAGUGAACACAAACCUUGGCCUAUUAUGGGCUAAAGCACAAAUAGGAGUUUUACUCUGUGCUGACCCUAUAAAGUCAACUAACUUUUAGCCAAAUUUAGAGGUUUUAGUUAUGAGGAAUGGUUUGGAAAGUUAAUGGAUUUGUUAAGCUAGUACAGAGGAGGUUUAACUGUUUCUAACAGAAGUUUUAAAAAUGGUGAUGAGAUUAGAAUUCUGUGGUGGUGGUUGUGGAGGUUUUUGGUCCUCUAACCUUUUGCAACUCUGGAAAUCCUGUAGAAGCAACUUUAUUCCAGAAAUGGUCAUUUCUACAAGGUUCAUGAUAACCUUGCACUUUGAUAUCAGAACUCUUCCAAAAUUAAACUCUGCUAACCAUUGAUUAGCCAAUUAGUAACAAGCUCAGGAGAGUCAGACGAAUAAGAACUUAAAAAAUAAAAGAGAAGUUAGAUUUUUGUUUGCACAAAGGUUUACUGGAAUAUUUUUAAUUUCCCAAAUCAAUAAAACAUAGACUAUAACAAUGGAAGUAGAAAUGGACAAAUAGUUGAAAAAGAGCAAUAUAUGACAGUAGAGGGUUAUGGAGUACAAUGGGAUAGUUCCAGUUGAAGGACUGGCAUUGGUGAGAUGGAUCAAAUGGUCUUUAAUCUGACCUAUACUUUCUGAUUCUGUUAGAAUAAAUGUGAUAAAUUGCUGACCAAUGAUUGAUGCUAAUCUUAAACAAUUUUCUUUUGUGUUAUAAUUUUUUUCCUGUGUACUGUGAUAACAUUCAAGGUCAUUGGCCAUUUUUCUACAAUUAUGCUCAAAUAUUGUAUUUUAAUGCAAUGUAUACUCAAGCUCAAGAAGAAAGGUGGUCAAAAUGCAAAUUUUCCACAAGGACAAAAGGCGCUAAGUGAUUUAUUAGCUUGUCUCUAGUAAUUGAUGAGCACCUCACACCUGUUGAAUAUCUGUGUCUCCAGAUGUCAGUGUUAUUGUCUGGCAGGUCAUCCUUUUUGGUUAGGACACAAAGAAAGAAAGAUUAAAGCAAGAAUUAAUAAUAGAAGCAGGCUUUACUGGCAUAGAAAUUUAACUUGCAGUACAUUUGGUUUGAUUUAUUUUGUUUUCAGUAAAGGCACCUGAUUUAUAUGGGCAAGUGUGGCAUGUUUAUUAUUCUAUAUUGUGCAAAGAUAAGUUGUACUGAUUGAAAUAAGUGAGCCAAUCAUAACUACUGUUGUUCAUUGACUGUGAAAUAAAGCAGGUUAACAAUUCUUA